GAAAGUUCGUGUUAGUAAAUUUUCAUUGUUCGCGAUUUUUGUGAGAAGCAGUCGCGUCGGAUCAAGGAAAAAUGGAUAUUCACUCAUCGCGCGCAAGUCCGAUAUCGCGGUAGAGGGGCCAGCUGUUUCUCCAUUGGCUCGGAAAACGGAGUUGUUCGCUCGUGGCUUCUGGUCGAUGCUGCUUAAAGCCGCGGUAGAACCAGACUUACUAGUCGACGGAGAGCCGAGAAGUACGUAUCGACCGGUCGCAUCUGCAGAGAACAGCGUCUAUUCUCGUCCGAACGGACACACUUGCAUCAUCGCCACGAUAGAGCGUGUUCCCUGAGAGAAGAAGCUGAAGAACUGAAUCGUGCCUAUGAGAAGUCUCGAAAAGCAUCAGUUAAAACCUUCUGGCACCGGCUGAUUGAACGCCAACGUCGAUAGCACGUCGAUCGGAGUCACGUCGAAAAAAAAAAAUUAAUAAUAAAGAAAGAGGAAGAGAAAUCGAGAGAAUAGAAAAGGAGUACGCGCGACAAGAGUGAACGCGACAGUGACCUCGACUCAAAGCCUAGAAUCUCGGAGCAGAAAAGCAGCUGGUUAGAUCGGAGUAACUAAAGUGUUGCUAUUACUAUGUAAAUUUUCAGCGGGUGUAUACGUUUGCGCGCGCGCACUGUCGCCAACGAGCAACGACGUUAGCAGCAACGGCAACAACAUCAUUAUCGAUAGCAGCGAGAGAAACGGCCACGAGCGAAAGGGAAUCGUGCGACACGCCGCAAGCAGAGGCCUGAUCUUUUCUCUGACAAAUCUCAAGGAAGCUCGCAAACUGGCUCCGGAAGUGAGGAUCAAGCAAAUUGGAAUGAGGGAGGACUUGCUUUCCAUAAUACGACACACAAGUAGCGAUCACUUCUCGGAAGAGCUUUAGCCGGGGGCUUAACCAGGAAGUAGAUACGCAAGGAGCCAGGCGACAAUUCGCGAGUAGAGUAUUCGUGCGAUAGAGUAGAAGCGGCUCUCGUCCGUUGGUGGAUUUUUUUUUUUUUUUUGAGCAGCUAGCUCCUCGUCAGGCUUCCUUUUGCUCCUCGGUAUUAUUCUUUAAUCGAUCAUAAUUUCGCCGUCAUCGAAAGGAAGAGGAAGAGAGGAGGAGAACCAAAUAUCCGGGAGAGACCGGUUCUUCGCAAUACCUUGGGUUCCUCGGUUAUGCCCUGGGUCGCCGCAUGUUAUGAUCUGCUAGCGACUCCGUUACUGGGUUACUGUCUCGCGAUCAGAAAACUGGCCCUGCAAGCCGGUUUUCUGGAGGAGAAAAAAAGCGAUCUCGCCGCGAGGCAGACGUCUAACACGGAAACACUCUUGAACGCUGACACCACGACUAUCAUGGCCCCAAACGCGGAAGAGCAGCGUCAAGAUCCCGCCAAAGAGAAGGCAAGAAUCUCAGGAUUGGCGAAGCCAUCGCGCAAAUUUGCGGGAGUUGUCAUAGCCACUUGCGGUUUGCCAGCUCGAGGAAAAAGUCAAAUAGGGCAAAGCCUUGCACGCAGACUUAUUUGGAAUGGCGUCACUGCAAAAGUGUUUCGCGUGAGUAAUUAUCGAAGGAAGCGGUUCGAACCCCAUAUAUCACUCGAACUCUUCCGGUCGGACAAUGCGGCAAACAACGCGUUAAUGGCUCUCGCUCAGAGAGAUGCCAUGCAAGAUUGUGCGGCAUGGCUCGCAUCUGGAAAUACUGUAGCGAUCCUGGACGCUAUGCUGAUCACGCGAGCGCAACGCACGGAGGUCUACGAUUACUUCUCUGGUCAACUUGGUUAUCGUGUUGUCUUCAUCGAAUGCGUUUGCGACGAUCCAGGAGUCCUAGAGUACAACCAACAGGAGAUCAUUAGACAUUGCGCCGACUAUACGGGGGUGGACGCCGUUUUGGCCGCGGAACAUCUGCGCUCAAAGAUCGCUUUUUACGCUGAAAUGUACGAACCUAUGGACGAUAGAACUUAUCCCAGGAUCAAGAUCGACACUGCUACCAUGGAUAUUGAGACCUGCAAAGUAUCUGGUCAUAUUGAAACCAGCGUGCUUGGAUACCUUGGAGAUAUCAGUCUCAAACCCCACACUCUUUAUUUCUCAAGGCAUGGCGAAAGCGAGUAUAACGUGGUUGGUAAAAUUGGCGGCGACGCGGUAUUGAGCGCCAGAGGCGAGUGUUAUGCUCAAGCCUUAUCAAACAAAUUCAAUGCUAUGCGUAUUCCUGAUCUUCGGGUUCUCACCAGCCGUCUCCGCAGAACGAUCGCAACGGCGCGCAGUAUUGAAGCCCCUCAGGAGCACAUAGCUGCCUUGAAUGAACUUCACGCGGGGGUUUGCGAGGGUCUCUCUUACGAAGAGAUGCAGGAGCGUUAUCCGCAGGAGUUUGCUUGGCGUGAUCAGGACAAAUUGCGUUAUCGUUAUCCAUGGGGCGAGAGUUACAUCGACGCAAUGCAACGUGUUGAACCAGUGAUCGCUGAACUACAGCGUUCUCACAACGUUCUCGUUGUGUCACAUCAGGCGAUAUUGCGCUGCAUCAUCGGAUUCUUCCUUGAUAAAAAGCCAGAAGAGCUCCCAUACAUGGAAGUACCGCUGCAUACGAUAAUCUGCAUCACUAGCCAGGGUUACAAUUACAAGCUCGAGUUCUUCAAGCUGCCGAUCGAGUGCGUGAACACGACUCGCGUCAAGCCCAAGAACUGUAACAGCGACCGUACUGCUACCGAUGCUCUGAUCACGGUUCCCGCACAUUUCGAUAUACCGGAUCCCUGGAGAAACCCCGGUAAUGGGCCCACUCUCGUGCAACAGCACUAAGAGAAUCGAGAAUACCCGCUUUGAAAAUGGCAUAAAUCGAAUUUUGAAACACGAGUUUGGUCCCCGAAGGAAAAAGAAGCGAUGAUCGAUCAAUAAACGAGAUUUUGCAUAUCAGAAAAUUUUGCAAUGAAAAAAAAUAAGGUAAUUAUCUAUUUAUAUAAAUUUUAUUUAUAAUAUAUUUUUCAAUAAAUGAUUAAUAGGAUCUUCAAAAGUUGAUUUAUGUCAUAAUUGAAGCGAGGCGUUCUUUGCUUACACCAAUAAUUGGCUGUAUACUUGCGGCACUAAAAAAUUAUUUACUUAUUUAUAAUUCUACAAUUCUAAAAUUAUUAUUAUGAAAGGAAAUUAGACCACUGUCAUUAGUAUUCGUAUAGUGGCGGCAAUGCAAGACGAUUUUGUUCAUCACGCGUAGUAUCUUGCAAAGACAACUUAAUUUACUUGGAAUCAAUAUACAAACAUACAAAUAAAUAUAAAAGAUAUCUGCUCUGAUUUCAAGAGUUCUUAUAUGCAAUAGAGAAACGCACAGAUACUUUUGAGCAUAAAUGAUCUUUAACACUUAGUCGGUGAUAUUUUAUGUCUGAACCGACUUUGACAAUAGGUCCAUGAUAUCCCGAUAGAAACCGAUAAUAUACUUUUAAUAGCUAGCAAUUGGAAGCCCAUGACUCGAGCCCUCUACAUAUACACGGGACUCAUAAUUUUGUCGAUAGUUUAUAGAGUGUUCGAUUUAUAGUACGCUCAUAGUUUGUAGAUUGAAAUAUAUUAUCCUAAACAACACUGUGUCCAAAUUCGGGUCAUUAAACGUUUUAAAAACGAAUUUAAAGAUGUCUUUGAGCCAUGUUAUAUUGAAAGAUAUCUUUAACUCGUCUUAUGUCUCGAUUUUGGACAUGCAUGCUGUCUGGGACUUGUUGUGCUAAGAGUACGUAUAGAUUGUAUAUAGAAUGGAUGAGAAUUUGAUGUUGAAAAUUGUUUAUAAUAGACAAAUAGUGCAUAGAUAUUGUCAUUCUAGUUGACGCGCGUAUAAACCACCGUAUCUUUUCGUAUCUCAAAAUUUUCUAAUCAAAUUUUUUUUUCUCAAAACAUAUUACUAAUUUUAUUCUGUGCUGUGAUUGUUUUUAUUAAAUUUGUGAUCUCUUUUAUUAUCACAUUUUUUUUAUCGUUUAAGUGCCAUCAAAUUUAUGAAAACUAUAAAAAAUAUUGAAUAUAUUUGAAUAUAUAUGCAUUUUUUUAAUUUCAAAAUGUAUUACGAAGUUUAUUCCGUGCUGUGAUUGUUUUUAUCAAAUUUAUUUAAGUUUUAAUUGAAUGGAUUAUUACUUAAAUUUGUGAUCUCUUUUAUUGUCACAUUUUAUUGCUUGAAUAUAUUCGAACUUAUGAUUACGUCAAAAACAAUAAAAAAAUAUCAGAUACGUUCAGAUAUAUGCGAGUUAACCAAUGCAACUAUUGAUUUUGAGACAUUAUGCCUUAAUCUGGCCUUUUAUACCAUAUAAUCAAAAAACAGCAAAAAAUUAUCUGGGUACUCCGAGACCUUAUAUUUUUAUAAAGGAUAGAUAUUAGAUGUAAUUAUAGUUAUACUUUCUUUAGCGAUUAAUUUGUUUUAUAUUUUGACCAGCAAUGCAACGUUUAUAAUUAUUUGUAAUUCAUAAUAAUCUAUAAGUAUCCAGCUAUUAAUCAAUAUAUCAUUUUACAUAGAAAUAAAUUAAACGAAAACUUUUUGCAACGAAAUGAAAGAUCAUAAAAGAAUCUUGACGCCGAAAUAGCUUAUCAUCAUUAUUAGAUAAAAACUUUAUUAGUUUAUUAGCGUCUAUAAAGCCGCUGUUAUAAAUUAUAGCUAUCUUCAAACAAAACUUAUUAUCUCGAUAAACUUUUUACGAAGUGAGUAUUGUGAUUAUUGCAAUUAUUGUACACAAUGAUUUAAACGUGUAAUUCGUAAAUAAUUUUAUUCUUGCUACUGAAUCCUUUAUUGAAAUGAAUUUUUCUACUGCACAUAUUUGUCAAUUAUGUCUGUUUAAUUGGUAUAUUAUUUUAUAGAAAUUUAUUAAAGUAUGCAAUAUUUUUCGCAUAUAUAUAAAUACAAUACAAGAAGAGCGAACAUUCAAAGAUACAUGCAUUUUGAAUGAUUUAAAUUAUGGUGUUAAAUUGAUGAAAUGGAAUUCUCGAAGUUCUGCAUGACUUCCUCGUUAUGAUUUUUUUCCUAUGUAAUUAAAACGUUAUUCUGAACAAGCAAAACUUUGUGGAAUAACAUACAUAAGUUAUAUCUUUAUACGUCGAUCUAUUGAUAUUACACCGUUGUAUUUUAUUAGGAUAGUUUCGCAUAAACAUGCAUAAUAUUUGUUUAGACGUAAACGCGAGGUUUUUUUAGAAUUCAACGCAAAGCUAAGCUACGAAUCUGACAUUCGCGGUUACGAGGGUUAAUUCGAUGAUUUACUUUUUUUCUUUAGGGAAAAUAAUUUAUAUGUACUAUAUAUAUAUGUCUUCCUUUUAAAUAAAAAGUCGAUCUAAUCGUUCUACCGAUAUUGCGACUGCUAAACAUUUCGUGACUCUAUAUGUUAAAACACCGCGAGAAAUGAAUUAUAAUUUCUAAUAUGUAUAUUAUAUAUAGUUAAGAUAUAUUAUUUGUAGUUCGAAAAUUUUAGAAUUUUUUAUUUGUACACACUAAAUAAAUUUUUUUUACAAAA